AUGUCGUCCGACCUAGAAAAGCAGGUUUGCGGCGACAAGCUCGUAGCCCUCGACGCCCGCACCUCGCUCCUGGACCGUCCUCCUUCACCCGCUCGGCCGCCUCCCCUAUCCCUGUCGUCCCCGACUCCGGAUCUCGACCGGAUAUCCGUCAAGAUGAAGGUCUGCCUCCUCGCCGUCGUGCUCGCCUGCACUGCUGGCUUCGCCUACGCCUUCCCUGCCCGCGACCAGCGCCUCUUUGAGGCAAGGGCGCCCGGUCCCGCCUCCCCGUCCACCGACCACGGUGCCUCUGCUCCAAAGGCAGCGUACAACACCGCCGCCUACACUGCUCCCAGCGCCUUCCCCACGUCGGCCUUCAAAGACUACUACUUCCUCGCCGCCGACCACACCGCCGAACCGCGCCCCGUGGUCACCGACGUCGCCCGCCACGCAAACUUCCCGGAUAGCCUGCUCAACCCCACGCUCGUACCUCCCGCGCCCGCCGCUACCGAUGCCGUCUACCCUGUCCCCGUCGGCCGGCCCCAGGGCAAGAAGGGCGAUGCGACCGACUACGCCGCCGCCAUCGAGCGCAACAUCUCGGCCAUCCUCGACGGAACCCAGCCGUCGUGCGACAAGUGCCUCGCCUCACUCAAGGUCGCACAGCAGCUCGCCCGCACCUAUCCCAAGGCGGCGCCCGCGGUCAUGAUCGACCUGUGCAAGCGAUACAAGUACGCCUCCAACGCCAGCUGCGAGGCGCAGUACACCGGGCCCGUCCUCGGCGCCGUCUACACCCAGGUCCUCAGCUAUGCCGAUUUCGACUCGCCCUCGAGCACCGACGCCCAGUACAUCUGCGCCAACCUGCUCGGCGCCAAGUCCAGCUGCCCGCUGCCGGCGCCCCGAGUGCUCGACGACGAGUUCCUCGACGCCUGGUACGGCGGCAAGGACCGACGCGCGCCGCCGCCGCCUCCGCCCAAAAAGGUCCGCGCCGGCAAGCCGCUCAAGGAUGGCGGCAACCUCAAGGUGCUGCACAUGAGCGACAUCCACGUCGACCCGCGCUUCUUCGUCGGGGGCGAGGCGGCAUGCACCAACGGCCGGUGCUGCCGCGCCGACGCCUACAACAGCACGCUCGUCCCUUCCGCCGGGUUCGCGCCAGGCACGCUGCCCCGCGCCAACAUUUCCGAGGUGGCCGACUACUGGGGCAACUACCGGUGCGACACGCCGUGGUCGCUCGUCGUGGCGGCCCUCGAGAGCGUCACCCACCUCAACGGCGGCGACGAGGUCGACAUGACGAUCCACACCGGCGACAUGGUCGUCCACGACGUGGCCCAGUACAUUUCCAAGGACCUGGUGCGCUACACGCAGCAGAGCGUCUUUGACCUGAUGAAGAUGUUCCUCGGUCACGGCCCCGUCUUUAACGCCAUCGGCAACCACGACACGGCUCCGUCCGACGCCGCCUCGCAGCACGCGCUGCCCAACGCGAGGGGCGAGCAGUUCUCGUGGGACUGGGACAAUGUCGCCCGGCUGUGGGAGGCCGAAGGCUGGUUCAAUCACAGGGAGGCCGAGCAGGUGCGCACCCACUACGCCGGUUACUCGGUCAUGCCGCGCAAGGGGCUGCGCAUCAUCACGAUCAACACCGAUUUCUGGUACAAGGGCAACGUCUUCAACAACAUCCACACGCGGGACCCCGACUACAGCGGCACGCUGCGCUUCCUUACCGACGAGCUCUUCCACGCCGAGGAGCGGGGCGAGCGCGUGUGGAUCGUGGGCCACGUCCUGACGGGCUGGGACGGCAGCAACCCGCUCGACAACCCGACCAACCUGUUCUACAACAUCGUCGAGCGCUUCGCGUCGACCGUCGUCCACAUCUUUUUCGGACACACGCACGAGGACCAGUUCAACCUCUUCUACGCCGGCGACGGCGCGGCCCAGACGCUCGAUGCGGUGCGCGCCGUCAGCUUCAUGGCGCCCUCGGUGACGCCGGGCAACAAUGUCAAUCCGGCGCUGCGCAUCAUGGAGGUGGACCCGGAGACGUACGAGGUCAUGGACUGGCACCAGUUCUAUACCGAGGUGCCCACGUUCCCCAGCCUCGAGACUGAGCAGCACGGCCCCGUGUUCCAGCACCUCUACUCGGCCCGCGAGGCCUACGGCGACUUUACCGCGCAGCCCGACGGUCUCGUGUGGCCGGAGAACGCGCCGCUCAAUGCCACAUUCUGGCACAGGCUCACGGUCGAGAUGGAGCACCGGCCCGAGCUCGUGCAGCGCUUCACAGUCAACCAGGGCCGCAACAGCCCCAAGAGCCCAAAGUGCGAGGACGAGGCGUGCAUCAGCGCAAAGAUCUGCUACAUGCGCAGCGGCUCCGCGGCCAUUGGCAAGAAGUGCCCGCGCGGCUUUGGCAGCGUGCAGUCGUAG